GCAGAAGCGGAGAGUUGGAGAAGUGGAGUGAGCGAUAAUAGACCGUAGUAGCUUGUUUAACUGCGCUUAUGUAGCUCUGUGAUAGCAUCACAUUGGUCUCGUUGUUCAAGGAAAGUUCGCCCAGUUGUUGGUCUCUGUUUUUUGCUCCAAACACCUCCCAUGGCUAUGACAGCGACUGACCACAGUUGCAAGCUAAACGGGACUUACUCCCGCGUUGGACCCCGAAAAGAAGGGAAAGCCGUCAGCUUUAAAGGCGAUCAAAUGCAGCCUAAAGAUGCGGAGUUCUCCACGGACGGUCUCCCCAAAGCAUUCCUGCACAGCUUGAGGACCCUGUUUGACAUUUUGGACGACAGCGGCCGGGGUUACGUCCACAUCUCGGAGAUCGAGAGCCGCUGGCAGGGCGCGGACGCCCGGGCUCUGCCCGGCGGAGUGCUGGCCUGCCUCCGCCGGCUUACCCCUCCGCACGGCUGCUUGACGUUUGAACGGUUCGUGGCUGGACUGCGGUACUCCAUGCUGAACCCGGAGAACGGACCUAACUUCAAGGCCCAAGUUGCUGUGCACCCGCAACAGGCUCCCAAGCAGCCGGUCAAGCCCGCACCUCUGGCCGCGUGUAGUGCCGGAACCCGGGCGGAGAACAAGGUGCGUCCUCUGGGCCCUAGUAACGUGAUGAACACGCAGCCACACCGGGCGUCUUCUCUCCAGAGUCGCACCCGGUCGGAAGACGCAGCCGGGUACAGCGCGUGUGGACCGCCUCAGUACCGCGCUGGGUUGGAGCGGCCCGGGAGGAGUUUGGAGCGAAUCCCCGGAGCCACGGAGGGUUACAGGAUAGACCCAGUUCAUCCGAACAAGCCCUGCCAGCCGCAGCAGGGUCGGGUUAGGUCCAUCGAGUCUCUUGCUCUGGAGUCAUCUCAGCUCCCAGGACCAGGUGUGAAAUCAGGUUUACCCAGGUCUCAGAGUGAGUCGGCAACGGGAUUUUCAGGAGUCACCAGGAGACACGGGCGGAGCCGGGAUGAGCAGAGGCGGCAUACCAUCUCCAAUGGAGUUGAUUAUGAAAUGCUGAAGCAAAUGAAGGAGCUGGAGCAGGAGAAGGACUCCCUGCUGGCCGGUCUGGAGGUGGUGGAGCGGGCGAGAGACUGGUACCAGGGCCAAAUCCACAAUGUGACAGAGAGGCAGCGGCAGGUCGGCCAGAACUCCCAAAGCACGGACUUUUUCACUGAAGCCAACCAGAGUCGCAUGAAUGUUCUCAUUCCCAAACUGCAGGAGGUCAACCGCUGCCUGAACGAGCUCAUCACCUGCACGGGAAUGUCAUCGCCCUUUACUCCCACCGGCCCUCAGCCUGCAGGGUUGUCCUCCUCCACCCCCCCUCAGCCUCCAGCUCCUGCUCCCCCUCAGGCCAUCCAGAGACUCAAGGACCAGAACCGUCUGCUCACACAGGAGGUGACGGAGAAGAGCGAGCGGAUCACACAGCUGGAGCAGGAGAAGUCCGCUCUGAUCAAGCAACUGUUUGAGGCUCGAGCCCGCAGCGCGCAGGACACCAGCGCUCUGGACUCCACCUUCAUCUGAGGCCACCAGCUCGGACAUCGGCUCUGUCUGCGGGUGACUUCUCAAAGACUAACAAAGCUUAUUUUGUUUACCCAACUGACCACCACGUGUCAGUGACGCACCUUCACGUGACCACUCCACCCCAACACCUCGCCGUGCACUACCUACAUGAACAGCUGAGCAGCCGUGUUCUGCUGCACCACUCCUCCUCAGAUAAGAGUUUAAAUUUGCUUGUAAUGUAUGAAACGAUGGUCUUUUCACAGCCACACUUCCCUUUUGGAAACCCCCUCUUUCUGAUAAUAUGCACUUCCUCUCCUUAUACAAACAUUGUGGUCAGUCAGUCUACAUCUGAUCUCACCAUAUGAUUUUGGCUGACGUGUGUAAGAAAGUAGCAACCCCGUAAGAAGACAAUAUAUAUAUAUGUUAUGAUAUAUUAUGUGGCUACCAGCUUUUCCUGAAGGUCAAGUUUUGGUUUUCUUUACACCGCAUAUGAGGGGUUGGACUAGGGAUCAGGUUUGAACCUCGGCCAUCCAGAAUAGACUCAUAUUAGAACCCCAAGUGGCUUGGACAUUUUCUCAGGAUGUCUCCUGGACGUCUUCCUUUUAAGAUGUUUGGAUAAGUCCAAAUUGUAGACGAACUUGGGCAGACCCACGAGAUGCUUUAGAGAUUAUGUCUCUAAGUUGAUGCUGUAUACUCAUCCAGAAGAGCUGGAGGUGGUUUUCUGUGUCUGGACCUCUUUACUUUGGCUGCUGCCCCCAUGACCUGCCUCUCUGAUUGUUAUUUACUUUUUUUUUUUUUUUUUUUUUGGAUGAACGUUUAUUUAAUAAUGUUUUAUUUUGUGUUUCAAGUUGACUUUUUCCACUCAGUUUUAUGAUGCUAGUGAUGCAAAUAAUUAGCUCCACUUUAAAAAAAUACAACAUUGCCAGCCGGAAUGAUACGAAAUAGAUGAGGCACAGUUCUGCCUAAAAUGUUCUGCUCUCUUUGACUCAUCAACAUACUACGUUAGAAGAGCUCCAGAGAAUUUGAUGGCUAACUGUUAGCAUAGCAAGCAGCAUGUUGACCGUGAGUAAGAAAUAAUAAUUGUCUUGGAAAAAAAAGGCCACCAUCAGGAAAUGACUCAAGAAAAAGCAGUAAAGAUAUAGAGUGUACAGUAUAUAGUGGCGGACUAUGUAUCUAGAGGCUGUGGAGAGAACGUUUGCACGUAGAAGACAGACUGCGGUGAAUGUGUCAGGUGGCAGGUUUCUGACGUCAGGAACAGAAAAGGUUGUGUACUUUUGUCUUCAGCAUGGACCACUCUUGACAUCUACAGGGUUACAGGUGAAGUGUGGCAGCUUUGGACCCAUGAGCUGUUACGGACCUGAACGGUGCCGUUGGAGUGUCUGCACAUGUAGUUCUAAACAGUCAAUUGUUUGUUUACCCAUUGAUGUUUUUCUUUUGAUGCUGCUCAGACUUUGUGAGUGAAACUCUCUUACUUUGUACCCAGAUUUCUCAAAUUCAUUUAUUAAACAAUAAAUGACUAAAAACAUCAUUUUGUUU